AUGGUUGGGGAACAUGGAAGCCUUGAAACAGUGCUGUUCGCCAACGAACAGCUCCAUCACCUCUUUCGCGACGACAGCAAGUGGAAUCUUGGACAAACCCUUCCAUCACCAGCCACAGGCCCAGCAUCGAUGAUCCAGUCCGACUUCGGCAGCGGGAACCACAAGAAUUUCGAGGUUGUCGCUCUCGAAGCGCGGUCAAGUGAUCAGCACGAACGCGAGUGGCGCUGGUGGCAUCAUUCAGUCAGACUUUGGGGUGGUUCGCACAAAAACUUCGAAGUGGUGGUGCUUGAGGGCAACAACCUUGUCCAUUAUUGGCACGACAAUUCCGACGUAGGCAAUCACUGGCAGCGAGGUCAAACGAUCAGCCCAUUCGCGACUGGGCCUGGGUGCAUUAUCCAGUCAAAUUUUCACAGCAGGAAGCACGGAAACUUUGAGGUGGUUGUUCCAGAGGGGAGAAAUCUCGCGCAUUGGUGGCAUGAUAAUGCGGAUGUCAGCCUGCCUUGGGAACGAGGGCAGAUAAUCUCGACCGAUGCCAGUGGACCAGGUUGCAUUAUACAAUCGAAGUUCGUCAUCAGUGUCGCGUCAACCGGGCCGGGAUGUCCCAUCCAAAGUUCAUAUGGGCCGGGAGGACCUGGAAACUUCGAGGUGCUCUCUCAAGAGCUUACCCGCUCCGUGGUCCACUAUUGGCACCACAAUACUGACGCCUCUCUACCCUGGUGGCGACCUAGUAUCUUGCCAAACUUCGCCGAGUUCGGUAUCGACUCUCCUGAUAUCCAUCAGACGGUGAAGAUUGCCCAGCUGACCGGUGAAAUCGACCGUCAAACCAGGAUGUCGACCAUGAGUCAGACGCAGAGUCGUUUUGGCAUUGUUGGCUGUGAUCUCGGCCAGUCCUUCGAACAUCAAGAACGUGUGUGCUUUCUUUUCGGAGGCACCACCACCGACCACAACAUUAGGCGAGAUUCAUCGGCUGAUUUAGACAGUAUUGGCUUCACCAGCGACAUCGAUGCCAGCAAAUGCAUCCGAGUCGAUUUCAACCGUUCAUAUCCCCGCGUCAACGGCAUCGACCAACGCGGCUUUUGUAUUCCACCGGCAGGCAUAAGCAUGGGCCCGAUGCAAAUGUAUGUGUUCUUUACCACCGACCACAGGGGAGAUGGAUCAUUUGGCGACACGAUGGGCAGGAGUGUGUUGGCUCGAUCGAGCGAUGGCGGGUUGACUUUCGGCUCCCCGCUCUAUGACCUCUCUCUCGACAAGUUCAUCAAUAUGUCCUUGCAACUCGUUAAUCACGAUUCAUAUCCAGGCCUGCCCGGGCCCCAAGGGAAAGGCAUUUUGAUGUGGGGAAGCGGUAGUUAUCGGCGCAGCAAUGUAUAUCUGGCCUACGUGCCAGCGGAUCAGAUCGAAGAUCGCUCCGCGUUUUCGUUCUUUGCGGGUGGCGGUCCCGCUCAGCCCUUGUAG